GAGCAAAACAGAGAAAGCAAAACGAUUCGUCCAAAAACUUUUCCACCAACCCCCUCCUACCCCCGAAAAACCUACGUGCGUGUGUGUGUGUGUGUGCGUACAGCGAGCGUUCGUGUGUGGCGCGCACGGUUCCACGAUUUCCACGCAGCAGAGUGCCGUGCCAGUGCGAUUCGUAGGUUCGCCGCACAAGCACGUGCUCGUGGGUGCGUGUGCUGCUCGGGCUCGGCUAAGGCUGUACGCGCGCGCGCGCGCGCUCGCACACACAUCUAUUUCACGAGAUCUUCUCUAUUCCACGAGCGUCACGUUCUCGGCGGUAGUUGGGCUGUUUUUUUUUGUUUUUGUGUGCAGAUGCGCCCCCAAAUGCUUCUGGAGGGGUGACGGUCCCCCUGGCAUCUCAUCUGGCGGGACAGCAAAGAGACAAAUCGUGCAGUGCAGGUUUACGACAGCAAUAAAGUCCCACAGUACAAUAAACACUUUAGUUUUGCUAAAAUGCUCAAACAUGCUGUACUAUCUCCCCGGACAGUUUGGCCAGGAAAGGAAAGGCUCUAUGGCUUAAAGCUGAACGUCCGACGGUGUGUGUGUGUGUGUGUGUGUGUGUGUGUGUGUGUGUGUGUGUGUGUGUGUGUGUGUGUGUCUGUGUCCCUCGCUAUAAACAUAGCACUGCAAUUGAAAUACCUUAAUAACGUACGCCGUCCAUCGGUAUGGGGGAGUGACGAAAAAAAAAAGAAAGGUGUCAACGUGAAGUGCAAACGAAAGCAGAACUAGAAAUCUGGCACCUGCAGACGAAAGGCUGUGCCCGGCCUGUUGCGCGGACUACACCGUGAUCCGUCCUGCUCCUUUCUGUUGUGUGACGAGCUUGUGCCUAACGGCCGCAGGCCGAGAGACUUCCAGUAGAAAGUGCCAAUUGUUUGGCGUGUGUUUGCGUGUGGAAUAAAGUGGACAAUGCAUUAAAAAAAGGAGGACAGACCGACGAAAGCUGCUGAGCUGGGUGCUGAUACGGACAAUUGACAAAUUUGCCCAGCACAGCAAUAUACAACUACCAACCACUACCAUCACCACCACACGCCGCCAAUCUCCGACGGUAUGAACAUGAGGAAGUUCAUGACGACUACCAAAACGCCAGCAGCGGUAGCAACAGUUGCGGGUUCGUCGCCAUCACCACCGGCAGCGUUCGUCUGCGAGACCAUGCCGCUGCAGGGAGCCGUCCGCAAUGGCAGUCCAGCGUCCAGCGAGCGCACCGAGGACCCCGCCACAUCUGGACCACCUCCAACUCCUACGCCAACUUCAACCGCCACUGGCCAGCCGGGUGCGCCGGUGGACGAAACGCUGGUCACCACACAAGGCGCGGCAAACGCGAAAGGUUCCUCCUCGCUCGGCCGUGGCGCCCCGUCGACGGUGGGCGACACAGCGUCCACCUCCACAUCCUCCUCGACCGGGGUGGUGAAGAUGUGCGGCUAUUUGAAGAAGAAAAGAAACAAAAUGGGCGGCUGGCGCAAGCUGUUCUUCAUACUGCAGAACCAGCUGCUGCUGUCGUACUCGUCCCGGGACGACUACGAGAAGAAGCUCGCCCCGUUCAAGGACAUCAUCAACCUGGUGCCGGGCACGAUCAUCAUCCCAACCACUGGGCCGCGCUUCACCAUCGAAACGAACUCGAAGCUAAUGUACACAUUCCGCUGCGACGAUCACCGGAGCUGCUCCGAAUGGAUAAUGGCCCUGCUGGACAGCCUCACCGUGGCAAACGGCGGCCACGGUACGGACCGUAACUUCAGCUUACAUAAUGGUUUCCACCGGUCCACGCUGCCGAUGACGUCCUACUCAUUGCCGGCCCUAAGCUGCCAGCCAUUCGCCGGGCCGGUUGGCCGGCUGGGCGGACCGACGCUGGCGCUCAAGAAGCGGGCCCCUGAGCCACCGAUGGUGCGGUCUGGGCCACCGAAGCCACCGCGCAGCUUCCCGGAGCCGGAGCUGCACGAAUCGAACGACGAAGAUGAUCUCAACAACAACCACGUGCUGGGCGGGAGCCUCACCGGACUGGACGGCCCGUCCAAGUCAAGAGCGGCCAGUGCGCAGAUAGCCAGCAGAGGUGGAGAUGAGGGCGAUAGUGGCCGGUCGGGGUCUGCUGCCGGCGAAUCGAGCGCUCCCGCCGCCGAGACGAAGGGUGCCGAUCGCUUCGAGGGUGUCGAUGAGGAGGGCGUUGUGGCACCGGCCGCCCCCAGACGACCCCGGCCCGAAGGGAGGGAGGAAGGGCUGGAACGUGUCGCUCGGCCGAGGCAGCAGAUCUUUCGACUGCACCAGGACGUUUGGAGCCAAGCUCACCGCCAGUCGAUGGACGUGUGUCGCAUCAACAGCAUGUUCAGCGAGCGGCAGCCGGCACUGACCCUGGACGGUACGGCCAGUAGUGCCAGCUCGGCUGGAGUAAGCUUCCCCCCAGCCGUCGCCUGCGAGGCGCAUCUGUACGAGGAUGUCGGUGGGCCGUGCCCGGCGCUGGAGCCGGAACCCAUCUAUGCCGUGGUGGACGUGCGGGCGAAGCGAUCCCGGCGGCUUGCCCGCACUCUGCACCCGACGACCGCCACGCCGGCCGGAAGCGAACGUACCGACGGUGGCGGUGGCGGCACUCGGAAGGUGUCCGUCUCGCUGCCCCAGAUAUCGGACGGCGUCGAGCUGGCCACCGGCACCGAGCGGCGACCGGUGACGGCCCGCAGCUGCAGCAACUACGACGACUACGAGGACGUCAACUAUCUGUUCGUCUCGGGCCAUCAGCGGCGGCCGGCGGCCGGCACCGAGACGGACAGCGUGGGAACGGACGGGUCGCGGGAGCAGCUGGCCGCGCGCCCCGAAUCCUACGGCGAGGAGCACAUCUACGAGCCGAUACUAGUCGCCGAACGGAUACCGACCGUCCCGACGAGCGGAUCCUCCUCGUCCCUGCCUGCCCCUGCCACCGACCAGCAGCAGCACCAUCACCGCAGCCUCUGGCGGCACCUGAAGCGCAUGCAUCUGCAAGGCUCCUGGCGCCGGCUGACGCACCGACACGCCUCCGGCAGCCCCAAGCCGGACCUGGGCGGCCGCUCGACGACCGCGACCGCACUGGAGGGGCUGGGCCGCCGGCUCGACAGCCACCGGCGGUCGAUCAAGAAGCGCAUCAAGAAUCUGUGCGAACGCAUCGAUCCCGUCGGCACGAGCGCGUCCGCGACCAGCCAUCGCCAGCCGGAGGGAGGCGACGAAGCCGACGCCACCUCCGCCGCCGCCACUGAGCAAAUCGCCGAAUCGUCCAGCGGGGUCGGGUCGAGGAAGUCCGUAUCGCUGGACAGCUUUCUGCUAGCGACCGGCCAACAGCAAGCGUCCGUGCCCAGGUGUUAGCGCACUCGGAGGAUGUCACGUGGCGCCACGGCAUUGACGCCAAACGUCUCCGCACGGCUCGUCGCGGGCCACAGGCAGCUGUAUUUUAACGCAAAGCGAGAUGGGGUGCGGGGUGCGGCAAGGAGGAGAGCAUCUUAGGAGGUUAGGAUUUUAACUUAGGAUGAGCCUUUACGGCUACGCGCUCGUCUGCAACGAGACAAGCGAAACACAUUGUGCUAUUUUAGUGUUUUUUUUUUAACAACUGACAACAAAACUCUCUAUAAAAAAAGAACAGUGUGUACUUCUUCUUUCCGUGCCUUUCUGGCUUUUCUUAAUAGUGAUGGGAAAAAUGAAGUCUUUGUCGGAAUCGAUUGCAGCAUCGGAAUCGGCUGCGUCAUUAAUUCCGAGUACGGAGGUCCGAUUACGAGCUCCCACCACUAUUUCUUAACUCGUGCAACACCAUUUGCUUUGUUUUUGUCUCUCUCUGUGUGUUUUUUUCCUCUUUUUUCGCUUUAUUGCUUUUCUUGUUCAGUUUACAACCUUCUUCCACUUAAGAUUCUUCCAUCUUGUUUUUCCUCUCCUCUUGUAUAUAUAUCUAUACACAGCUUCCUUCUGCUAGCACACGUCCGUGUGUGGGUGUUUGUGAUUCUUUUGCUUCUGUUUCUGUUGCUUGAGUGUACUUUACGGUCACGUGUCCUUUUCUUGCCUUUUUCUAGUUUGAUUUUAUCAAUAAUGUUCAUUUGCCUAUACCAUACACACACACGCGCGCGCGCGCGCACACACACACACACGCACCCUAAACCAAGCGCGGGUGGUGUGCGGCGGGGGUGUGCGAGGAACAGAUAAAAAUUAAAUUAAAAAUAAAACAACAGUCGCCCCCUUCUUCUUCCGCUUCUUCUUUUGCUCGCCGAACGUGCGAGCGAGGUGGCUGGAAGCCGGUAAAAAGGCAUACGAGACGCAGUGGCCCUGGGAUCCUCUCUUCGUGCUCCGCAUGCUCCUAACGCUCUAUAAAUUGUCAUUAUGCAUAAUAAUACCUUUCUUCGUUUAUUUAUAUAUUUACACAACACCUGUUACUGCUUUCUUUGCCUGCUAGUAACCCCCCCUGUCUCCUCUUCUCUUCUCUCCCCAUCCCCCUAAACCUUUCCUGUUUGUGUGCCGCCUUUGGGGGGUUUGGAGCCUGCGCGCCCCGUGAUACCGUUGAAGAGAGGUUUCUUGUAUCAUUUUUAAAUAAAAAAUAAUAAUAAUAAACCACAAACGCAAAACGUCUAAAGAAGCAAACAUUAUCACGCGCACAGAGUGAAGUCGUUUUAUCGCUCACUUCCAUCUGCUUUCGUUUUUUUGUUUUUUGUUUUUUGAUAACCCUCAAAAACACCGUUUGCCUUUUUAAAAUCGCUUGCGCCGUUAUUUUUUUUAACCGUUUCUUAUAAUUAUAUUUGUUUGUUAAGUAAAGCAGGCUGCUAAUGUGUGAUUCUAUUUGUUAAGUAUUGUGUACCUCCUGUUUUGUGUGAGCGAGUGUGAAAACCCACCCAAAACAACCCACCACCACCCACGAAAGGCCACCACCACCACUACCCCCACCCAAGACGCAUUUCAUAUGCCGGACCGUGCAUAAACAACGUUUUGAUCAGAAGUAACAAAACAAAACCGUACACGAUUCACUAUCGAUAAUGCCGGAAUGUUACACACUGGAAGAGAAAGAAAGAAGAUGAAAAGGAGAAGAAAGAAGAAAAAAAACAACAACUGACAAACAGAUCCCGGCGGCACGACACAUUGCAGGCCGCGCUACGGUCCGCAACGUGUCUGGUGUGCCAGAGAGCCUUCCCCCACGGUAAUCCCCAUACGUGUGCGUACAUUAAGUAAAGGUAAGUAUGUGUGCGCAUUCCUGUUGUGCCUUUGUCCCUUUGUUGUUGUGAACAGUGCAAAAAAAAACAACAACAACAGCAUCGAAGACAGAUCCGCAGCGUAAGGAUGGUACAAUUAAGAAAAAGACAAACAUCCCAAAACACCAUCUUAGACCAAAAUCAAAACAAAACGUACGUGCCAUGGUGCAAACAAAUAAGUGUGCUGAUCAUUGGUGGUGUGCACAAAAAAAAAAGCAACAGUCCAGAGGUUUAGCAAAUUGAUGCAAUAAAUAAAUAGCCGCAUUGCGUGUAUCAAAUACGCAAACAAUCGUUGAGGGAGAGAGAGAGAUAUAGAGUAAGCGCAAACGAAACCCCAUCGACUUUGCUAGACAAUCGUUAGACAAUCCAGCUUAGUGUUUUACACGGGUUUUCAGGAGUUUUCAUGGCUGUGGGACACUUUAUUGAAUCCUUCUUACGUGAAAUGAACUGAAUGUAAUGGGAAUUGGACUCCAUAGCACCCUUGUUGCACAAAUCCAGUUGGAAGGAAUUUCCAAGGAGCUCGUCCAUCAAGGGUGCCAUAAAUUCCAAUGUCCGUCAUUUGAAGUUCACUUGCCAUUGGAAAAAGUCAAGGAAAUGUCUCGCAACUGUGAGAACCCCUGGAAACCCCUGUAUGCAAACAUCCUAACGGUGUGCUAAACGUGUCCUUUACUUAAUAAAAAAGCUGCGUGCUGUUUUUUUCCGUAGUGUCGCUAGACAGGUGCUCAUCAUGCGAGACGAAGGGAAUGGGGACGAGAGAUCGGGGCUGUGGUUGUGGGGGGGGGGGGGGGGGGGGUGUUAGGUAGUAGUAGGUAGUUGUAUAAAACAGAAACGAAACUACACUAAACCUACAGCAACGGGGUGUGUGUUUUUUUUUGUACGGUUCUCGCCUCACGCAACCUUAACCACGCGCCUUUUGCUUGCGUUUCUACCUUCCGUUGAAUUGUUUGUCCUUUUGCUUGCGCCCUACUAGACACAGUACACCUACAUUAGUUAUUGACAUUCGUUUUUGCCACCUGCCACCUGUUUUGCUUCGUUUAGCGGGCCGUUUGUGUAUAGUUUCCUUUUUACGGUCCUUUUUCGCUUCACUCCCGUUAGAAUUUGGUCAGACUUUUCGGAUAACGUUUUAAGUUUGUUUUUUUUGUUGUUGUUGAGUGUAUAGUGUAUAUAUUAAUAUGUGUGCGCAAUGUAACUAUUUUUAUCUAGAAUUUGCUAUGCGUUUGUGUGUGUGUGUUUGCAUUGUUUUAUCUAAUGACUUCCGAUUGGCUAAAUAGUCCCCGUCGUCUCCUUCCACUCCACUGCGGGCGCACAUCCAUAUUUGUUCCUAUCUACAUAAAAUGGCUACCACACAACCGGCCGGGUUUGACAAACGUGCCUUGCACGCUUUCCCUUUGUGCAUCCCCCAUUCCCCCAGUUACACACAUGCGCGGCCACAAAAGUACGUGGAGUGGCAGUCUCACAUUAUUAAAGCAAGUGUACCGAAUGUCGCGCACCGUGUCAGAGCGCGAGUAAAAACAAAACGAAAAAAAAAAAA